CAAAUAUGGCGGUUCGCUUCAAGGUACCCGGACGUGACAGGAAUUAUCAACAGAUGAGCUAAAGGAGCGAAAACCUUCGCAAAGCGGCUGACAUUUUUCAUUCAUCGUUUUCGUGUCAUUUUUUUCUUGAGUGGACGGGUUACUAAAGCAUAGAAGAGGAAAUGCCUUCUCCAAAGGCUAAGAACGCCGGUCGCAGGGAUGGCAGCCCGGUGCUCGGCAGCAACUUCGACUUCGUGUCGCUGACCAAGCCGCUGAACCGCUCCUCCCCGCCGCACCUCCUCCAGCGACAGGGCUCCGACCCGACCACCGCUCGCCUCCGGGCCUCGGAGAGCCCCUCGCGUCGCCGAGGCUCCGGCUCCUCCACGGGCUCGGCGAGCGGUCAGGGGCCGCCUGAGGAAGACGGCAUACGGCUCAACCCGUCCCUCAUCGGCAUCUCGCUCAGCUCCCUGCUCGCCAUCGACCUUUGGCUGUCCAAGCGGCUCAGCGUGUGCGCCUGCGAGGACUCGUCGUGGGGCAGCGCCCGCCCCUUGAUGAAGCUGAUCGAGGUAUCCGGACAUGGCAUCCCGUGGCUGGCAGGCGCUGCUUACUCCAUGUACAAGAGCGACAGUGCUGCAGGACAGGAAGUCAUGCUCAACCUGCUCAUGGGCCUUCUGCUGGACCUCAUCCUGGUCGGCGCGGUCAAAGCGGUGGUGCGUCGGCGCCGGCCGGCUCAUAACCAAAUGGACAUGUUUGCCACCUUCUCCGUGGACCGCUACUCCUUCCCCUCCGGCCACGCCACCCGAGCCGCCAUGUGCGGCCGCUUCCUGCUGGCCCACCUGGUGCUGGCUGCGCCGCUCAGGGUCCUGGUCUUGCUGUGGGUGGGCCUGGUGGGGCUCAGCCGGGUGCUGCUGGGCAGGCACCAUGUUACCGAUGUGCUGUUUGGGUUUUGGAUGGGGUACUGCCAGUACAAACUGGUGGAGAUACUGUGGCUCUCUCCUGAAACUCUACAGGGGCUGCUCGGGCAUUUAGCUUAAAUUUAGAGACUGAGAGGAAGAGAGGGGGUGUGAAAUGGUUUUGCUUUAAGGGCCUCUGCACAUUUUUUAUUUUCAUUUCUCUGCUCUAAAAUUAUUUUCAUUGGGGUAGACUCAGGAGAAGAGUUCCCCAAAGUACUGCUUUCUGCUACUUUACAGACAUUGUUUGGUUCUUACCUUUCAUUUGGGUUUGUAGGUAGGAAGCAUCUACUAAACAUCAACAACAUUAUGAAACAAACCUAACACUGCGCAGGUCUGUUUUAUGUCGCUAAUAUGUUUGUAAUCAGGCAAAACAUGGGUUGAGUCUUCUGAGGGGUCCUGAAGCUGGCCUCUGUUUGGCUGAGCAGCUCAGAUCAUCAAGACGGGUCUCACAGACGCUCCGUCACGCUCAGAUCUUUGGAGUUUGGCACUCGGGUACUCUGGGCCAGAUAAAAGCCAGGAUCCAAAUAUCUCUGCAGAUCAUCGUCAGCGUUAAUCACAACGUUGAUACCGAUUAGUUCAUGGGUUUAAAGACCAAAUUGGAGGAGACUCUGCUUAGCACUUUAGCUAACUCAACUUUCAACCUACCUGUUCACCAGGAUACACACGGUGACUAAAUACACUUCUAGGGCCAAGUUGUGCUUAUGUCUUUAAAAAAAAUCACAUGAUCAAGAUAGUUUUUGUUAUUUUCCAUUAGUUAAUGCAGAGGCAAGAGAACAUAAGAAGUAGUUUUGAGUUCCGAUCCAUAAGAUGCACUAAAAAAUAAAACUAAUGCAUGUUUAGAUGUUUUUCUACUACUGUGGAUAAGUCACUGUUGUUAAAGUGAGAUUUGUAAAGUUGUUUCAAACAUGUGGGUUGGCUGGACCAUGUGAUACAUUACCAGGAGUUCAUCAAUAAUAAUAUCAGCCAUAUGGUGUCCUCCUCCUCCUUAUUCUCAGCGCACAUAGAUGAUCUAGUCAUUAACGUCUAAGAUUUCAUAUUCAGCCCAUCACAUUCAGAGUAAACCCAAUUAGCGUCUUAUAAUCAAUAUUGUCAUCAUGUUUACACUUUUUCUGACUGAUAAUCUGUUCUGUUGAACUGCAUUGAUCUGGUUUCCCUGCUCUACCAGAUCAGAUCUGACCACUGAGGGGAUAUUUUAAGGAUUUGGGAGUCGAAUGUUGGGUGUUUACACUUGAUCCUUUUGGCCAUGUUUGCUUGUAUCUGUGGAUUUUGCUUCACCCAGCAGCAGCAGUCAUAAAGUUCUGGUUCACUAAGCCAUAUUAAUAUCAGCGGGAACAUGUAUAAGUUUUCAAAUCUUCUACUUGAUAUACUCUAGCACUUACAAUCAGUCAUCCGUCACAGCGCCUCCCUGCUUUGGGUGUCAAGUUUUUUAUUUCACUUGAUUAUUUCCUUUUUAAGUACCUUUUUUAAUAAUUUAGGGCUAAUGAGGGACAAAUUCUCAUCUGAAUUUCCAACAUUUAAAGAAAAUCUCUGAAGAAUAUGCAAUUAGAUAAAAGCUAAACUGUUGUUUUUAAGGACUCUUAAGUGAAACAUUUGCAAAAAUAAUCAGAAAAAAAAAUAAGAGAAUUGUUAACUGUAAAGUCAAAAUUUCUGAGAGACUGUCUAAGCAUAUUAUUUA